CCAUUAUCAAUUCAUGUCAUUUCAAAUCCAAUUUCACUCUUUCUCUCUCCACGAUAUUUUCUAAGUAAUUUUUUCCCUAAAUCGUUGCUCUCUCUCCUACCUCUCUCUCUCUCUCCUGUGCCGCCAUUAGAGAAGCUGAGGUCAAGCUUUUUCUCUAUCUCCAAUCUCUUUCCUCAGGAAACUACCCAAGCCGCUGCACAUCAGAAUAAAUUCAUUGAGAAUUGGGAUGAUAUUUGUACUUUGUUUGCUUCGGAUAGUGCAACUGGGGAGGGAGCUGAGCAUCAUGAUGAGGCUGCUGAUGCAAUGGACACCGAAAUUGAAGGGGUCAGUACCUCCGAGACUCCUUCUGGAGGAUCAAACAAGAGGCUCAAGAGAGAUUGUCUAGCAGAUGCAUUGAGUUAUUUUGCAGAGUCAUUCAAGGACUAUGUGAGCAGAACGCAAGGGCCACCGAAGCCAAGUUCACAAGAGAUCUACGAGGUAGUCUUGAGUGUACUUGGGAUCUCGCGUCACCAAGUCCUACAAGCUGUGAAAAGGUUCAUGAAUGUGACAGAUGAGUUCGAAAUGUUAAAUAAUCUAUCGGAGGGGGAAAAUUUAGAUUGGGUUUUAUUAUGUAUUAAUGAUUAGUAUCUUUAUUUAGAUGUUUGUGAACUAAAACUACUAGCUCGAUCUUGAUAUGUUGUCUUUUUGUUUACAGUUUGUUACAAAAUGUACCUUGGUUUAAAAUUCAGAAUUUGAAAUUCCUUGUAUUUCCAAACAGCUAAUUAGAAUUUGAUAUUCAGGAUUUGAAA